AACAACCUUGUUGCCACUAUAAAGAUUAUUGUCCUCUCAGGAUCAGCUCCUCGACAGAAAGGGAAAAUGUCAACACAUUUUAGCGCAAAUCAGUAUGAACAAGCCUUUGCUGCUAAACGGUUGCAAAAUUGGGAAAUUCCGAAGCGGUUUAAGGAGAGGCCAUCCACUCUUGAGGGAUUUACGCAACCCAUCAGUAAUGACCGCGGCCAUAUUUUGCCUGGAAUCCCGCGCUCAUCAAAAAGUCCAUGGGGUGAGUUUGUCGGAACAUGGGACAUGGAAAAGGCUCCUCUCAGGACAAAAACCAUGAAGACUACUGCAAUGUCUACAGGCAUGCAAAAUGCUGAAGAGGUCAUUGAAGAAAAGGCACCAAGCCCUAAGCAAGAAGUUGUGCCAGAGAAAGCAAGAACUCCAACACCCCAGCAGGAAGCUAUAAGAACACCAAGCCCCAAAGAGGUCCAAGAGAGAGCAAGUUCUAGACCUCUGAGUCAGGAUAACCAAUUUAAGAAGUCACCCAGUCCUGCUAAAGUGAAAACUCCUGACCCCCCUGCCUCUCCUGCCAAGAGCCCUAUCCAAAAUGACAACUCGCCUAAGAAGCGAGUUGUAUUGUCUGACCCAGUUUAAUUAAUUUCUGCAUCCUGUUGUGAACUGUAAGUAAAAUCUUUGAUCAAAAUGUAAAACACACUGACGCAGUUACAUGAC